CAAUACAAUGAAUGCUUUGAAUGGAUACAUCGUAUUCGUCCUUCUGUUGUCAACGGCACCAUCGAAUGUUUCGUCGUUCGCAUUUCCGAGAAUCCAGCCACCAGCGACCACUUCGAUAUCGGAUGGUUUGAGAGAUAACUCUUCCAAUAGACUUGGAUCAAUGUCUUUUUUAUCCAGGAUCCAGAACUCGAAAAUGACAACACUUUCUAUGGUGAGAGAGCCCGAUGACCGCCCUGGAUUGUCUUUCUCUAGCAUCGUUGCAGGGGUUCUACUCGCCGUCUUUCUURCUGGCAGUCUGAUUCCAUUGGCGGGAACAUUCGACCUGAAAUCCGCCCCCAUCGCCGACUCAGUGGUCACCCGGCAAGAUCAACCCGGGAAACAAAUUGCCGGAAGCAAGACGUAUGCUCUCUCUCGAUCCGCGAUYCAAGAGAAACUAAAUACUGUUCCCGUCUUUUACGUCGCAACCACCGGUGGGGAUGGUUCGGCCCAAAUGUCGACCGACAUUUACAUGUCGUAUUCAGAUGCUAAGGUGGCUAGUGAUAGCAUUCCUUCGUCUUCCGUYAAGGGUACRACCUUAGAUCAAGUAAUGUACGUUGCUUCGUUCGUUCGUUWCUUUUCGUACUUCAUUUACUCUCUCGGACUGACUUCUGUUUACUGGCGAUCGAACACAGCUGUGCGUUUGGACAAAUCAAAAGUCCCAUGAAAAWAUCCAGUCUCCUAACUUUUUCUCUUUUUUGAUGACGAAACAAACAAACAUGGAAACGCAUCUACGCAUGCAGGUAUCCUUUGGUAUUGAAACGAGGAAGAAUGAGAAUGGCCCCACCCCCCGCCGAGAUCGAGCAGGCAGAGGCGAAAAUUAUGGCCGGGGAUAGGUCGGACAUAUUCCGCCUUGUUCCUUCCAAAAUAUCCGUAGAGCAAGCGAAACAAUUGGAUCUGGAGACGUCGCAGAGCGAUGUCCCGCUGUUCAUUGCGGACAGAUUGGCCUUUGCUUCCACCAAGGGUGCGCAACUGCCCUUGUUUUUAAACAAGGACGAUUGCAUCACCAGCUACAAGCGCCUUCGAGAAGCAAAGUCUUCUCUGCCUGAACAACCAAAUAUUCGCACAACAACCUUGCUGGAGACGUUGAUUAGUAUGGAGAAAGGUACMCGUCCCGGUGUUAGUCAGUUGAACUUUUACGCUACGGCAGGCGAUUUGCUUCGACUUACGGAAAUGUAUCAGAAUUAAUCCGGGGCUACUCAAGACGCGAAGAAGAUUUAAUCGUUAAUCAUUGGAAGUGUAGACAAGGUAAAAUUCUCUACGUAUUCAACGCAUGAAUAACUCUCAGAGAAAUUA